AUGGAGAAGGUCUUACAUAUUAUGGUUGAACAUCAAUUGCCAAAUCUGUGCGAUUAUUUAGACUCAAGAUUGGUACAAACUGAUGCUCUUAGAAAAGUCAAGAAGGGUUGUAUUAGAAAAACAAAAUCUACUGGAAUCUCAGUUGCACCUUUUUGGAUUAGUCCAGCUCAUCAAUCCACAAUUUUAUAGCCUGCUCCAAUAGAACAAGAAAUAAAGCUUGAAUUCGUGGAUAUCCCAAUCAUCCAUGGUUAUACCAGUGAAAUUGGAACUUUAUUCUUUGAUGCUCUAGCAAAAACGGACGACAUGGAAAUUUUUGAAAAGAAAGUUAUCAAGAAAACUAUUGAUUAUAAGUGGUCAUUGACAAGAGAAUUCACUGUUAGAAAACUCUUUAUUCCAUUUUUGCUUUACCUAGGAUUCUACUUGAUUUACAUGAAUUGGAUUUUCUAUAUGAGAGAAGUCGAUGAAACAUGGAUGUAUAUUAACUACGGUGCAAUGGUACCAUUGGCUCUUUUGAGUUACUACUUUGUCUAGAAUGAGGUUACCUAACUUUAGCACGAAGGCUUAGAAUAUCUAAAAUCUAUUUGGAACUAUUUAGAUUUAAUCCCCCCAUUCUUGCUUAUGGUUUUCAUCCCACUUGCUGCUAUUGGAGUAUUCGAUAAUAGAGGUGCUCCAGCCCUUGAGGCUACUCUUCAGGCUACAAUGAGUUUAAUUUUAUGGCUUAAGUUCCUGUAUUUCUUGAGAAUUUUCCAGUCCACUGGUUAUUUGAUUAAAAUCAUAGUUGAGGUGGUCUACGAUAUGAGACACUUCCUGUUGAUAUUGCUCUUAACAUUUAUCGCAUUUGGUGAUGCUAUGAGAAGCAUUUCCACUUCAAAUGAUGAUGAAGUCAAUGAAGAUGGAAAGCCCCAUCAAUUCAUUGGAAACUACAUUGAUGCCAUUAUCUACAUCUAUAGAAUGGUUCUAGGAGAUUUUGAUGUCAAUAACUUUGGAACUGUGGCAGUGCCAUACGUCUGGAUUCUCUUCUUACUCUGCACAGUUUUCAACAUGAUUAUCAUGCUCAAUCUUCUGGUUGCUAUUAUUUCUGAGUCUUUCGCAAAGAUCAACUCAGUUUCAAGCCAAGCAAGUUACUAGGAAAAAGCUGGUAUGAUUGCUGAAAAUUCGUAUUUAAUUUCUCAGAAAAGAAAGCUUAAGUUCUGUGAACCUAAUCAAUAUUUGCUUAUUGCAACUGAUGUUGAGGCAGAAAUGAAGGAGAAAGGAGAUGAGUUAGAUUACAAAUUGGAAUAGAUCAAUACUAGAAUCAUCAACCAUGCAGAUGUAGUCAAGAAUAAUCUAAAUACCAUUCUCAAGGAGAUAAAAGAAGAACAGCAGAAUGAUCUUAAGAAGGUUGUCGACCAGGUCAAAGAAGAAAAUUAGAAAAUGAUUGAGGCAAUCAAAGAGAUCGCUUCAAAGCUUCCUGGUGGUAGUCCAGCUGCCCAAGAGGAAUGA